GCGACUUAAUCAUUAGUCGUCUGAUCGUUGCAAUUCAGUUGAUAUCAGUCAAUCAGUAAAAUCAGUGAAAUAUUCAAGAUGAAGGUUGCGAUCUUAGCUAUUGUCCUCUUUGUCGGAGUAGUUGCAGCUGAUGUUAAGGAAAUCAAACCUCCAAUUCCAAUUGUGUCCCAAGAAGGAAAUGUGGAUUACGACGGAACCUUCCAUUAUAGCUACGAAUCUGGUGACGGAACCAAAGCUGUACAGGACGGAGCAUUGAAAGUCAUCGAUCCUGAGCAUGCUGGUGAAGCAGUACAAGGACAAUUCAGCUAUACUGGUGAUGACGGUCAACAGUACAGCAUCCAGUACACAGCUGAUGAAAACGGAUACCAACCACAGGGUGCUCACAUCCCAACUCCACCACCAGUUCCAGAGCCAAUUGCCAAGGCUCUCGCCUACUUGGCCACCGCCCCACCACCAAAGGAAUAAGGAGUAGCUGGCCUCCGUUUGCUUCUCUCUCGUAACGAGGGCUUGAACUUUACUCGAUGUACAUAUGUUGAUACUCAAGGACUGAUGAAAAACUAACGAAAACAUGUUAAUCGUGUUAAGAGUAGAAUUGAAAUAAAAGUUUACUUUUCUUA